AUGGACAAAAACGGUUACUUUUUCUACGUCACGUCCACCGCUAAGAAAAAGAAGAUCAACCUCAUGCAGCCUAAACCUCCUCGCGUAGCCUUCGUCGAUGAAAAGCGUCGGCCAGGGGUGGCUGAACGAGUGUACACUAAUAUCUCUAUUCCAAAUUCAAAUAAUACAUCCAGUGUGGCCCUAACCGCCACGGAGAACGGACGUGGGGACUAUAUGACGCAGCGAGGCAUUUCGCCCGCGCCACGCGCGCGUUUGUAUACGCAGCUCGAAAGUUACCAGCCGAGGUACCAUACUAUUCGUGAUAACAGUGAUAAGAAAGUGGAGAGUGAGUGUAGGAGAAAGAAGAAGGAGAGAGAAAGGAUUGUUGCUUACCAGCCGGUUGCAAGGUUAGUGGUGUUUGUUUUGGUUUUUUAA